UGUCAGCGGGGAGUCAUGAAGAGGAGUGGCACACCAGUGUGGGACAGAAGGAGCUACAGGCCCCCUCCCACAUUAAAGAGGAGCAGCUUCAUGAUGAAGAUGAAGCUCAGUCCUUACAGCUUCAUCACAGUCAAAGUGAGGAGAACAGAGGGGCGGAGCUUGUAAGUCAACACAUCACAGAAGCUGAUGGAGAGCAUUGUGAAGAUAUCAAGUCAGAACCAGACAGCAUCUUUGCUCCACUGUCAGACAUGGACCACAUGAUGUCACACUCUUCUGAUCACAGUGACCACAUCCAAAAACCUUUGGAGAGUAAAAAUGACUCUAAAGGUGAUACGAGACAUCACACUAACAACAAACACUUUGACUGCUCUGAAUGUGGGAAAUCAUUUAGACAGAAGAGUCAUUUUACAGAACACAUGAGAAUACAUACUGGAGAGAAACCUUUUACUUGCUCUGUUUGUGCUAAAAGAUUCAACACCAUGUAUGAAAUGAUAUCACACAUGAGAACACACACAGGUGAGAAACCUUUUACUUGCUCUGUCUGUAAGAAGAGUUUCUCUAGCAAGCAACACAUGACCGCACACAUGAGAACACACACUGGAGAGAAACCUUUUUCUUGCUCAGCUUGUGCUAAAAGAUUCAACACUAAGAAGGAAAUGAUAUUACACAUGAGAACACACACAGGUGAGAAACCUUUUAUUUGCUCUGUUUGUAAGAAGAGUUUCUCCACAAAGGAACACAUGGCCAGACACAUGAGAACACACACUGGAGAGAAACAUUUUGCUUGCUCAGCUUGUGCUAAAAGAUUCAACACCAAGUAUGAAAUGAUAUCACACAUGAGAACACACACAGGUGAGAAACCUUUUACUUGCUCUGUUUGUAAGAAGAGUUUCUCCAGUAAAGGUGACAUGACCACACACGUGAGAACACACACUGGAGAGAAACUUUUUUCUUGCUCAGCUUGUGCUAAAAGAUUCAACACUAGGAAUUACAUGAUAUUACACAUUAGAACACACACAGGAGAGAAACCUUUUACUUGCCCUGUUUGUAAGAAGAGUUUCUCCAGCAAGCAAAUCAUGACUAGACACAUUAGAACACACACAGGUGAGAAACCUUUUACUUUUUCUGUUUGUAAGAAGAGUUUCUCCAGAAAGGAACACAUGACCAUACACAUGAGAACACACACUGGAGAGAAACCUUUUGCUUGCUUAGUUUGUGCUAAAAGAUUCAACACUAAGAAGGAAAUUAUAUUGCACAUGAGCACACACACAGGUGAGAAACCUUUUACUUGCUCUGUUUGUAAGAAGAGUUUCUCCAGAAAGGAACACAUGACCACACACACGAGAACACACACUGGAGAAACCGUUUAGUUGCACUGUGUGUGAUAAGAUGUUCAGGUAUAAGUAUCAGGUGAGUAAACACAAGUGUGUAACAGUCAUGGAAGCUGCAGGGAUUUAAAAACACUUAAACAGUGAUUGUGCUAAAUGUAGUUUAAAAACACAGCAUGUUUAAUAUGAAUGUAUAUUUGAUGUUGUAUGUAGUGCUUCUCAUCUUCUAGUCUUAUAUGUUGGCCUGUAGUUACUUUUUAAGUUGAGUGCAUGCAUUGAAUAUUAUAUAUGUAGCUACUAUUUUAUUUUCUCAUCUUUGA